CCGAGAACAGGUCUAGUAAUAUCAAAACGCGCGUCAAAAAGCAAAGAAAUGGCGAGCAAGAAUAAUAAUAUACAGGUAGCUGUACGCUGUAGGCCGCUCAAACCCGGUGAGAAUCAGAUAUUAUCAACUGAAGCACUACGCGGGCAAAGCGUGACGAUAGACAGCACACAUUCAACUACAACACAGAAGACAUACACUUUUGACCACGUUUUCGGUGAUCACUCAGACCAGGCUAUGGUUUAUGCAGACGUCGGUGCUCCAAUCGUCGACGAAAUGCUUCAAGGUUUCAACUGCACGAUAUUUGCCUAUGGUAUGACAGGAACCGGGAAGACGUAUACCAUGGCUAUGGAUGAAAAAGACACGCUCGAUAAGGAUAGAGGCGAUAUUAGUGAUGGUGCAGGCAUUAUUCCACGCGCAUUACAUAGUAUUUUUAACAAAUUGGAACACGCAAAGGCAGAAUGUAGUGUCCGCGUGAGUUAUAUCGAGCUCUACAAUGAAGAGUUACGCGACUUACUCAGUUUGAACUACAAACCACCAAGCGUAGCCAGCGAAGGUCUCAAAAUGUUUGGUGAUCCAAAAGGACGUGGAGGUGUAAUCAUACAAGGUCUAGAAGAAACACUGGUAGACUCUGCAGAGAUGGCUUUCGAGGCUUUUGAGAGAGGCAGCCGACGCCGGAAGAUCGCAUCGACGAACUGCAACGAGUACUCGUCUCGUUCUCAUUCUGUAUUCACGAUCACAGUACAUAUUAAGGAUUUCUCAGAAAGGGGCGACGAGAUUGUCCGGAUUGGUAAACUCAAUCUAGUAGAUUUGGCUGGUAGUGAGAAUAUAGGGCGCAGUGGUGCGGUAGAUAUGCGUGCACGUGAAGCGGGAAACAUCAAUGCUAGCUUGUUAGCCCUAGGACGUGUUAUCAAUGGUCUCGUUGAGAGGAGUGACAAGAACAGGAAUAAGAAACUGAGUGACAAAGCAGCUGACAAGUCGUAUAUUCCCUACAGAGAUUCAAAACUUACGCGACUACUGCAAGAUUCUCUCGGUGGUGAAACCAAGACAUUCAUUAUCGCUACAAUUUCACCAAGUAAGGCAAGCAUAGAGGAAACACUUUCGACGUUAGACUACGCACUCCGCGCGAAGAGUAUUGAGAAUAAGCCACAAGUCCAGCAAAAAAGUUCAAAAAACAUGUACAUAAACGAUCUAGUCGCUGAAAACGUCCGCCUAAAGGCUGAAUUCCGCGCUAGCGUCGAACAGAAUAAUGGCAUGUGGUUUACGAAAGACAAAGUCCAUCAGUUUGAGUACCUCCAGGAGAACAAAGAGAAGUGCGACAAGGAGCGUGAAGGUUUCGUCGCUACUGAGCGCGAACAUCUUCACACUUUACAAAAAUUAGAUCUCGCAGAUAACGAAAUAAUCAUUAAGCGGAACACCAUAGCCAAACUCGAGAAGGAGCUCGAGGUUGUCAAGAAGGAACUCGAAGAAGAGCGCGUCGUCGGUGGUGUACGUGCACACGGCGAGAAGGUAAACUACGCGGCCGCGUCGUCUUGGCUCGAUCACGCACGUAGUGGACAGCGCGAAUUGGAGCAGAUGCAUGGAAUACUCAAUGAAAAGACGGCUCAGGAAGAAGCAGAUAAAACACUCUUGAGGGUCUACCAUUCAGAUGCAACAGCGACAAUCAAAGAUUGUAGUACCAAAGCACAGGCUUACACUACCUUUGUCGAUCGAGUUUUGAGUGAUGUACAGUCUCAGAAAUCACAAUUCGUGCAAUCAUUGGAAGGUAUCCCUAUUCUCGCGAAGAGUACUCUAGGGGAUAUUGCAGCCAAAAUGCAGGAUGCUAUAUCGCACUUGUCGAAAAUGGAAAGUGAUAAUGGUACUGAGAGUGUAGCUUCCACCGAUGCCAUACAGAGGGCUGGCGAAAAUGUCAACCUGACACUCCAGACUGUUGUUAAGGAUCUCGAUGCUGCGAGCGCAAGAUUCAGCGAAGCACUUACUGAGGUUCUCACAAAGGAAAUGAACGGAUUCGACGGCAAGAUUGACGAACUUUUUGGUGAAUACCGCGCAUCAUCUGAAAAAAGAAUUGUUUCAAUGGAAGACGAUGUUGUCAAGCUCGGUGAACUUUAUAGCAAUCUCGAAGAAUACGCGAAGGAGACCACAGUUGCACUUGAAAACAACAAAGCUAAAUUGGAAGCAUACCACAAUUCUCAAACAACUUCCGCUCUUAGGCGAUCAGAACGACUCGUGGGAGAGGUUACUCGAAUUGUUGACGCGAUGCGGGAAGAAGAACUCGCCUCCUUGAGCUCUAUACCGCCUGUUGCUACCUCGCUUGGGGAGUUGCAUUCCAUAGCUGGCACGUCUCGCGAGAAGAACUUAGCUAUUGUCGAUGAACUCACUUUGAAUUCUUCGAACCAUGCGCAAGCAACGCGGGAUGAAGUUACUAAGCAGCAGUCUGCUUGGCAAAGCGUCAAAGCCGCUCUGCGGGAUGUCAAGAAGGGCGUCGAUGGUGCACUCACUGAUAACAAGGCUAUUGUACAGCAGACCCAUGUCAAGCUUAUGGAAGGCGGCAAGGCUGACGUUGAGGCCAUUGUUGCUGCGUGCGACCGUACCCGUGCUCGUAUAAGUACCUUCCAUGAAACAUACGACCGACUCUCGCGUGAGACGACAUCGAAUACCGCUAGGGCAUUCGACAGUCUCGCAAGUGAUUUGCAUGGCCUUCAGGAAGAUCUUGCUAAGCAAACGAGUACUUUGGUUACACUCACUGAGGAUUCAACCAGUAGUAGCCAGAACCAUAGCAUUGAAGUGGUGGAUAUCCUUUGCAAAAUAGAGAGCGCCCUCGAAGAGUACAGCAAAGGCGUGCAUAGUGGCGCAGAGGCUAGUAUCCCUGCCAAACGUGAAUGGAUUGGCGAAAUGACCUAUGAAAUGCAAGUUGGACGCACUCGAGAAGAAGUCCUCGAGGGUGUCAUGGGUGUGCCACCUAAACGUUCAAGGAGCUUCGACGAGCAGAUGCACCAACCGCACGUAGAUGAACGUCAGGGUUCUGCUCCGCCCGAAAUGUCGCCUCGCAAGGAAGCCUACACCGUAGAGGCGGUCAAGCCACCACCCUUUGCAAAUACACUAAGGAGCCUUGAAAGGGAGGUCUUCAAGGAGUCACAGGAUGUCGAAAUGAAAGAUGAGGCAAAAGAAGAGGUGAAGGAUACGGAAAGUAAGGAUAUGAAGGACAGCACGAACACUAGUACAAGUACCCAGGAUACCACCAAGAACAAACCACCAACCAGGGUACGGAGGGCUCCUCUACGAGCCACUUCUGCCAACAUUCCGCGCACGCGGUCGUCUGCUCAGCCUCGCGAAGUUAAACGUCGCACUGUUCGCCAGUAAACAUCUAUCAGUUUUAGAAGUACAUUAAAAAUCCUACACCUAAUUAUUAAUUUUAGAUUGUUUGUUG